ACGCUAAGCUAAGCUCCAACAUGGCGCGGUGUAUUGUACUAGGCUAGCUAGCUGCAGGGCUAACAUAAAUAGCACGUCAGUACGCUACGUUUCGCUAAAAAAAUACGCUUAUUUCAUCCCGGAGGCUGUUAGAUGGAUAUUACUUAACGAGGAUUUAUGUGUGUUUGUUUAACAUUUUGUUUGUCUGUGAGCGUUAAUCGCGUUAGCCCUCCGGGACCGUCCACUCAGUUAGCGUCUGUUCUAGCUUGAACAUUAACUAGCUAGCCGGUUGCAUUGAUAAUACACAACACUGGCUUUUACGAACGCAGUUUAUAUGGUUACCUAUGGCUUUCUAUGAAGUCUAUUCUCACCCGGCGUUGCUUCGCUACAAAACGAGUGUUUGCACGAAAGCCACUCUGUUUGUGGUUGUUGUUCUGUGCCUCACAUACAUCCCACCUCUGCUGGUUGCUUACAGGAGCCAAGGUUUCUGGAUAAAAAGAAGCACCUAUGAGGAACAACCGGUUGUGAGGUUCCAGUACCAGACUCUGCUGCUGGCAGCAACCAGCACUCAGGGAGACUAUGUGGCCUGGAGCACUUUCCCCUAUCUAAACAACAUGCUUGGGGCCAACCUGCGGAUUCCAUCUAUCUCUGUGAGAGAAGAGGACCAGAACCAGGACGGGAAGUUGGACUUCCUGAUUUUGCAACUGCAGCUACCUCUCAAACCUGAGGAACAGGUGUACAGCGUCCAACUGCUGCUCACCUUCAGCUACCAGCUCUUUCGAAUGUCCACAGUGGUGAUGCAGAGCCUGGCCUAUGUGCAACACUCUUCUUCUGUCCCUGGAGCUAAACUGUUCAUCAGCGGAGACCUGAGGCUCCAGCAGAGGACACCCCUGCCGCACCGAGGACUGUACAACAUUUACAAUGUGUCAGUCAUCGAUGGCUCCAGCCCUUUUGCAAGUGCAUAUGACCUUGACAACAUAAUCAGGAGUUACCAGGAACGAAACUUGACCACAGUACUGUCGUGUCCAAUGCCUGUCUGGACUGUGGGAAGAGCUGCUGGGUCCCCCUUUCAGCUUAAUGCUGAGAUCCGUUACCCCAUAGAGGUCAUUAGCUAUCGUCCUGGCUUUUGGGAAACCAUUAAAUUUGCCUGGAUUCAAUACGUCAGUGUCCUCCUCAUCUUCCUCUGGGUCUUUGAGCGCAUACAGAGAUUUGUUUUCCAGAACCAGGUUCUAACCACCGUACCCAUACCGGUGGGAAAACCUCACCUGUCAUGAUGCAGUGGUGGUGCUUUGACCUCCAGGUAUACAAGAACCAGCAGGUUUAUUUUUCCAGAGUGGAUAUUACAUGUCUCACAAUGACAGAUGCCCUUUGACUGAAAUGUAAUACCAAAUCAAUGGAAGUUUGAGUUUUAGGUAAUAGCCAUUUGGUCUGUUCUGUAAUAACAUUAUGAGAACAUAAAGAUCAAAUUCUACCAGCUAUCUCAGACCAAUAGUGUACAGUCUUAUAUCGGAGGUCUGAACUUGUGACAGCUUUAAAACAAAAUGUAGAGAAACUAAAUUGGACACUGUUCCCAUAUGAAGCAAAUGUCAUGCGUGAAGUCAACUGCAUUGAAGGUGCUUCAUGUUGACUUUUAUCAAGGACCAGUGUGUAGGAUUUAGUGGCAUCUUGUGGUGAAGUUGCACAUUACAACUAACUGAACACCACUCACGUCUGUAUGUACAACCUGGGAAUGAGAACGGGCUGUGAAUGAGUAAGAGAAACUAUGGGAAACUUGUGAAAAACACAAAAGGCACUAUCUGCAGCCAGUGUAUGGUUUGUCCCUUUUGGGCAACUGUAGAAACAUGACUGUUCAAAAUUCAUUCUAAUUCCAAGGCAAUGAAAACAUGAUCCCUACAUUCAGAUGAUUAUACAGAUAAUGAAAACAUACCUAUGAAUAUUAUAUUCCAUUUCUGGACCUUUGACAAGUUGAGCAAAGAAUCUCCCAAGAAUAUGCUGUAUUCCUUUAAUAAUUUUCCUGUAUUUUAUACAAACAUGCAGAGAGACACACAAAUAAUUUAUAUUUUAACCCUUUCUUGGACAGGUUUCUACGCAGACCCUCCUCUACAGAAAAAUGCAUUUCUUCUUUUACUACUGUUUGAAGCCAUGGAAAUAUAUAGAAAAUACACAUAAAAUUUCUAUAUUUUUACUAUUUCUAUAUCUAUGACACUUUGUGACAGCAAUUAAAUAAAUUCUUUGUUGAAGUGCUCAUUCACUUUUGUAUUGUACAUAGUACAGCUUUAGGUCAUAGACAAUAAACAAUUUGUACAAUUUAACAUUUGUACUUUAUAUGUUCUUUAACUGUAAUGCUUUAAUAUUUUUUAUGACUUUACUUUUCGAGAAAUUCUAUUGAGACAUGUAACCAAGGUAAACCGCAAAGAAAAAACAGAAGAAAAGGAUAACAGGACGCACAGCAACAUCAAUACAUCAAUAACCCCCCAAAAAAACAGGAAAGAAAAAAAACCACACACUGAAAAGGUUACAAAUAUUAUAUAAAACAUAACAAAGAUAGCAGACAACCUACACACCAUUCACCCUCAAAUCCCCACACCGUUCCAGCCAUACAUUCAAAUUCAUAUUAUUCACAGGUAUUUCUCUAACCUGUUCUAUCACUGACCUCCCUGAUCCUCUGAUCCUGGCACUGCCAACCCUGAAAUCUGUUUUGCCACCCCAUUAUCGUUCCCUCUUCCACCCCACACCGUCUUUCAGAGGAUGUAGCAGGCUCCGUUUUAAAGCUACAGUGAAGAUACUGGUGUCAUAUGAAACUAAAUGACGGGAAGGGGUCUAAAUAACACUCCGAUGUUAGGCUAAAUUUUGGCGAUGGAAAAACUGCCAUUUUCAAAGGGAUCCCUUGAUCUCUGACCUCAAGUGUCUGAAUGAAAAUGGGUUCUGUGUGUACCCACAAGUCUCCCCUUUGCAGAAAUGCUUAAUGCUAAAACAUGCAGUUUUUUGCAUGUGGUAUAACAGUGUUAUUUUCACCUAGUGUAUUGAAUAUUUCUGCAGACUGGCGUCCAUAAACACUGUUGGGAAUGACUGGAAAGAUGAGACACAUACUUGAUACCACCCUGGCAUAAGUCAAAAAAGUCUGGACAUUAACUAGCACUGCCAUCUAUAUUCAUUUAUUUGGUUGAUCUAGCCUGGCCGCUCUCCCUUUUGUGACAUUACCCCCAGUUCAUCUUUUUUGAGGUGAACAUGAAACUCCUUCACAAAAAUGAUUCCAGAUGUUACUGUUGUGUAUAUUUAUGUAUAUAUGAAAUCUAGUUUCUGCAUUAUUUUCCUGCACAUUGAUUCACUGGGUUCUCCAAUCACAAGUUGUUGGAGCCUUGUUAAUAUGUGACUGAUAAACUUCUGACAAUAGCCCAUACCACAUAUUGUCAGCAGGCUACACCUCACAGCAAAAACUAAUGUUUGACUGAGACUAUGGGAAGCUGUUUUUAACACUGGCCUGAUAUACAGGUUUUAAACCACACCUUAUCAAGAAAAACUAGAAUUACCUGGUAUGCCUAACUUAUGUACAGUGUAUUCCAAAGAAGACAAAAAUAGGUGUGCCAAGCUUGUGGCAUUGUACUCAAAAAGACUUGAGGCUGUAAUUUCUGCCAAAGGUGCUUCAACAAAGUUUUGAGCAAAGGCUGUGAAUACUUAUAUCCUUGCAACCCUCUAUGAAUUUUUGGCAACCCCUAAUGGGGGUCCCAAACCCCCAGGUUGAGAGCCACUACAUUAUCUCACUAGGGUCUGGGCAUAUUAUUGGUAAAAUUCGCUAUGUCAGCCAUAAAUAUCAGUGGUUUAAAAAUCAUAUGGUCACUGUUUAAUGAUAAAUCCAUGGCACUAUCCAUGGUCCUCAUUGUAAUCCGUAUUUCUCUCUGUUCGUCCCUAUUCUAUAAUCCCAAUAAUAUCAUUAUUUUAUUUUUAAGGCCGCUAUGCUAUCUGAUGUAAAUGUGGCUACUGCUGCCAUUGUUGUGUAUGUUAAAACUGCAGUAGGUAAUUUUUAAUAAUAUUGAUGAAUUAAUAAAUACCUAAUGGUAUUUGCAAGAAUCCACCAUGCCUGGAAAAAAAACAAUUAGAGCAAAGAAAGGCAAAAAGACACUUUGGGUUGGAAGCUUGAAGAUAGUGUGUGUGUGUGAAAUCUGGAAUCAGCCAAUCCGUGCCUAAAUUUUGGCUGAAAAAGUAUUUUGAGGCCACAAUGACCUUUGACACCAAUUUAUUGUCCGACCAAUUGUGAAAUAUAGACAUCAGUUCUUAGGUUAUGGCUAAAAACAUGUUUUGUGAAGUCACAGUGACCUUCUAAUCAAAAAAUGUAUAGGACCUCACCCUCCCGCUCCAAACGUGUAGGAGAAACUACAGUGGCUGGGAAACUCAAUCAAACUGAAAUGUCCCAUCCAGAACCAGUGUUUGGUUUGUUCUUUCAGGGAACAAAAAAACAAUGAUUCCUAUAUUCAGGUGAUUAUAAACUUAUGAAAACAUACCUAUGAAUAUUGUAUUCCAUUUCUGAUAAUAGAUCCUCCUCAAUGUUAAACACUGGACUUUUAAGAAGAAUUGUACUGUACUCUGUGGGAGGAAAAUCUGCAGUACACUAGGCAGUCAUGGUUUUCAUUUUCCCUCUGACUCACUGUCCCAGGAGAUGUUUGUUAGUGUAUAUGCAUGUCCACGUUUAGUUGGUUGUGUGUGUGUUCUGGACCAGUACCACUGUAUUAGCUAAUUUAAACCACUCAGUCUGCCAGUUUGGUUUGUGCCAGACAGUUCAGUAAGAGUCACACCCUGUUUCCUCAACUAAAGUCCCUAAAAUUCUCAUCUGCCCUUAAAAGGUUUACAUUUUAGCCAUUUUAAAGCCAUCCUUAUCUGGACUGAUACAGUCUAAGUACAGCUAUAUGAAUAAGGAAGAAGCAAAAAGGGAAACAUAUUUGACAUUAAUAUUGUAGUAAUAAAAUAAAAUAUAAUAAAAUAUACCAUAGUGCUGAGCAGAGGUUGUGGUAAUUGUCUUAACCAGCCAGUAGGCCUAAUGUACUAUCAUGUGCUUUCUAUUCAUUUGCACGUCAGUAUUUUGUGUUGUUUUUAUCAUGAGUACUUUCACACAGAACGUAAACAUCACGCAGCACAAAAGCGGCGUGACUUUUUAGUGGAUCGCAGUCGUUUUUUCUGAGCUCACGGUAGACCUGGUGAUUGUUUCUGUUUUGAAUAAAUGACAAAAAUGUU